GAGCCAGGUUCUUCAGCCCUCAGUUGACCUGUGCGAGCCUCGCUUCCAAGCUCAAGUACCGGAUACUUGACUUGUUUAUUUGCUUUACAUUUCGUCACGACCCCUUGCUCUUUCUCUAGUUACACCUUCACGACCUUCCCUAACUCUCCUCGAACCCAUUACGAUCACGAUUAACAUGCGUUCCUACACCAUCCUCGCUGUCGCCGCCUCCGUCGCUGCCCCCGCUCUUGUCGCUGCCGCCCCCGUUCAACAGGGCAGCGAUGCUCUCUCCAUCAGCAAGGUCUUCAACAUCGGCUCCGACAUCGCCAACGCCUACUCGAGCUACAAGCAGAACAAGCAGAACAAGGGCAAGCGUGACGACGAGUUCUUCGAGCUCCUUGCCCGUGAGGCCGCAAGCCAGGAUUCGCCCUCUAAGACCGGCGGUGAGGAACCACAGGCUCACCAGGUUGGCGUCCACGCCGCUGCCCCCGGGCCCGAGCACGAGGGCGCGGAGCACGGUGCCGCGCACUCACAGCUCCACACCGGCGAGCACGCCGGUCUACGCGCGAGCAAGCAAACGCACCGGGUCGGCAAGCACGCAGGCCAGCGCGCACACCGCACCGGCAAGCACACCGGCCAGCGCACUCACAGGUACGGCAAGUCCGGCCAGGGCAGGCGCACCGGACGUAAGGGCCUCCAGGCGCACAAGGGCAUGCACGCCCACACUGGCGAGACCGCCGCGCACGAGCACGCGCAUGCGGGCUUGCACGCCGCACACCGCACCGGGGCGCACCCCGACGCCGCCGAGCACUCGCCCGAGGCUCACACCGGCGUGCGCCCGCCCGAGACUCAGAGCCCGGGCGCGACGCAGCACGAGGCGCGCGGGCGGAUCGAGAAGGCCUCGGGCGUCGUCGGGCUCGUGAACGACGCGGCGAACGCGGCGCAGAACGCGCACGCGGCGUGGGACAGCUUCAAGCAGCACCACCGGCGGGGCAAGUUCCACACGGCGGGCAAGGCGCUGGGCCUCGCGAACGACGCGGCGAACGCGGCGAGCAGCGUGCACGGCGCGUGGGACAGCUUCAAGCAGCACCACCGCCGGGGCAAGAUCCACAAGGCUGGCAAGGCGAUUGGCCUUGUGAACGACGCUGCGAACGCGGCGAGCAGCGUUGGCCAGGCGUGGCAGUCGUUCCACGGCCGUGAGGAAUCCCCGUACGAGUUCCUGUGA